CUGUCAUUUCUCUCGGAAAAUCCAAAACCAGAGCAAUAAGAAGUAGAAGCUUAAACCCCAAAACUCACUCUAAUCCGAAAAUGCAAUUCCCAAAAUGGAAUCAUCACUCAUCAUCAGAUACCUCUUCAUCAUCAUCAAAAACCCUAGAAAACCCACUCGACAGAAAUCUCAAUCUCCAUGAAGCUUUCCUUACCCUACAAAACAAUUCUUCUGGGUUUCUCAGUAAUCUCUCAAACUCUUUUCAAAAUCAACAACAAAAUCACUUCAAUCUUCCCUUUUCUCAACAAACCCAUUUCCAAUUUCCCUUUGAAAACAUAUUAAACCAAGCAAAACAAAAGCUUCUUUCUAGAAGUAACAACAGUCCUUGUUGGGCUAGAAUCUCAGGUCAAAAUGAGAAAACCCUACCUCCUCCUCUUCAAAGGUCUUCUGGCCUUGCAAUGACUACUGAAACAAUUGAAGAACGUCUUGCUGGUGUGCCAGUUUAUGCACUUACUAACUCUUCUGAUGAAUUUGUGUUGAUUUCUGGUGUUAAAACUGGGAAAUCGUUAGGGUUGUUUUGUUUUAAGAAAGAAGAUGCUAAUGCUCUUCUUGAACAAAUGAAGUCUAUGGACCCUGGUAUGCGGCGGGGGUCGAAAGUUGUUGCUGUAGCUUUGAACAAAGUUUUUCAGAUUAAGCUCGAUGGGGUUGCAUUUCGGUUCAUACCUGAUUCUUCUGAAAUUCAGAAUGCAGUUAAGGAAAACAAAAAGGUUGGGGUAAUUGAUGACAGCUUCUCUGGGGUUCCAGUUUUUCAGUCUCAAAGUUUGAUCUUGAAGAGCCAGAAUAAGAGAUAUCGUCCAGCUUUUUUCAGAAAGGAGGACCUCGAGAAAUCUCUGUUAAGAGCUGCAAGCCAGCAAAACCAAUUAAACCCUGCUAUGAAACAAGGAGAUAUUCAGGUUGCUGUUCUCGAGGAAAUUAUCAAAGGGAUGCAGGAGAGCUCAACCUCGAAGUGGGAUGAUGUUGUGCUCAUCCCUCCUGGUUUUGAUGUUUCUACUGAUCUUCAGCAGCCGAAAGUUACUGCGACCGUGUAGGCAAUUAGCUAGUGUUAUAUUUGUGUUUUUCCUUGCACUCUGUUUACACUUCAGUUAGUAACCGUGUGUUUCUGUUACUCUGGUUAGAUGCCUAUCUCUUGCUUACUGGACUGACAUUUAUGGCUUAUGUUAGUCCAGAUUUUGUAUAUAAGGCAGAGCUUGUAAGAGAGAAAUUAUCAAUUUCAAUUUCAUAUUCGUUUUCAUUGUUAUUAUGGUAUCAAAGCAUAGCUAGAUCCAGAUUUUAAUUGUCUCCCUCGAUGGAGUUUUAUUUCUCUGA